AUGGAUUCGAACGCGAUUUUCAGAGUUGACGGCAUCGUCGCCGUGAUCACCGGGGGUGGGACAGGUAUUGGUCUCACGAUGGCGAGAGCCUUGAUCUCUCAGGGUGCCGCCAAGGUCUACAUCCUUGGACGCCGUCUCGAGGUGCUCGAGGCCGCAGCCAAAGAGCACCCUAAUCUGAUCCCCCACAAGUGCGAUGUCACUUCAAAGGAAGACCUCCAAUCCAUUGUCGACCGUAUCACCAAUGAAGUCGGCUAUGUCAACCUCGUCAUUGCGAAUUCAGGAAUCCUUGGACCGUCAGUCCGCUUCAACCCGGCGCACUCCGUAUCCGAUCUGAAGAGGAUUCUCUUCGAUGAAUUUUCCAUGGAGGAAAUGACGGAGGUUCUUCAGGUCAACAUUACAGCUGCCUUCUUCACCAUGUCGGCCUUCCUCGAACUCCUUGAUGCUGGGAACAAGAAUGCUCUCAAGGGCGGGUUCGGCAAGCCGGACCAGGAAGGCAGCGAUGUCAUCGCCAUUCAGAGUCAAGUCAUCUUCACGAGCAGUAUCUCGGCUUUCAGUCGGCAUUUCUCUUCGACCCCUCCGUAUUUGGCCAGCAAGACUGCCAUCAUGCAGCUCACCAAGCAAGCCAGCAGCCAACUGGCUAGACACGGCAUUCGUGUGAACGGAAUUGCCCCGGGAUUAUUUCCCUCAGAAAUUGCCGCGGGACUUAUUGGCGACCGCAAGCCAGAGACUGAAUCUCCAGAUGAUACGAAGUUCAUUCCGGCGCGGAGGUUUGGAGGCGAUGAGGAGAUGACUGGAGCUAUUCUCUACCUUACCAGUCGUUCCGGCAGCUAUUCGAAUGGCUCGAUCAUGGUCAUUGACGGUGGCCGAUUGAGCGCCAUGGCCAGUUCCUACUAG